AUGCUGCCGUCAAAGGACGUCGUCGAAGUUACAGAUCCCGAUCCCCGUGCUGAUGGUCUCAGCGAGAGAGAAGAUACCACCCACGCUGGUAGCAUAUGGAGUCGAGAUAAGUUCUCCGGCGCUGUCGCGUACAAUUUUGUCGGUUUUGUCCUUCCCGCGUUGUACGGCACUCUCUCCAAGCUAUGGGUUGCCAACAUCGACGCUUCCAUGGUCGCUACCGUGGACUCAUACACGUACAUUGGCGUCGUGGCUGAAGUCAUCAACGAAGGCCUCCCUCGAGCCGCGUGGGUGAUCAUUGGGGACAAGGCGUCGCGCUCGCUAUCGUCCCGGAUCAGCCUUACGCAGACGUUGAUCGUCUUCCAGAGCAUAAUGGGUCUGCUGGUCAGUGUCAUCAUUCUAGGCGCAGCCAAACAGUUCGCCGCCGGUUUCGUACCCGAGCAAGUCCGCGCCGCAAGCUUGACCUACGUCCGCAUCAGUUCGUUUUCUGUCUUUAGCGCCGCGUUAGAGACUGCCGUCAGCAAUGCCACCAGAGCCCUGGACCAUCCGGACGUGCCCUUUCUCAUCGCGGCGACACGCUUCGCCAUCAACAUAAUCCUGGACUUGCUGAUCAUUUCAAAGUUCCACGUGGGAUCAUUCACGCCCUCGGUGAACACCCAGGCAGGCAUCCGCCUCGGAUGUGACUUCGCAGCCGCCUUUGCCGGGUUGGCGUACUUCAUCUUGAUAGUUUGGAGACUCCAGAGCAAGCAUGGCCUCAUUGAGAAAAUGCCGCGUCCCAGCCUUAGGGCGUUUGGGGUGCUUCUCAGACCAGGCUUCCUUACAUUCGCAGAGUCGGCCGUCCGGAAUACCUUCUACCUCUGGCUCGUCAGCAACAUUGUGUCUAUGGGCUCUGACUAUGCAACGGCAUGGGGAGUUUUCAACACAAUCCGGUGGGGCCUCGUAAUGGUCCCGGUCCAGACGCUGGAGGCUACUUCAAAUGCCUUUACCGGGCACAGAUGGGGUGAAUGGCGGAAGGCAGUCGGCGUCGACUUACAAAAGGCCAAAGCCGGCUGGAAGCAGAUCAGAGGCAUGGCAACCCCUGCUCUGAUCUCCGCGGUCGUCGUGCUCACGAUCGAGGUUCCUCUGUGUAUCUUCCUCUCAAUUUUCGGCUGCAAACCGUUCGCACAUUACCUCUCGGGCUCAGACACUGUGGCAUCGAUCACCGCCUAUAUGUGGCGCACUAUAGAUUGGUGCUACAUUUUCUAUGCACUGAGUACCGAGCUUGCGACAGUCCUGUUGCCGACGGUGCCAAGGUGGUAUCUGUAUCAGUCACUGGUAUCCAACGUCUUGUACGUUCUGCCGUGGGCAAUUGUAUGCCAGGUGGCAAAUCUGAACGCCAGUGAUGCCUGGAGCUAUCACGCAUUCGUCUUCGGGGGCAGCCUUGUAUUCAGCUUCUUUAAUGUGCUGCUGUUUGUCGGGCUGUGGGCGUGGAAGCUGCGUCGUGGAGCAUUGAACUUCGACAAGGUGCGAUUGAUAUGA